AGGACAAAAAUUUCCAGGAUGGUGGUCUUGAACGCAAACUCGUGGACCGGCUCCUGCUCGGGCCCGUUGCCAGGAUCCUUCAUGGGACCGGCCCCGGACCGGCCCCGCACUCGCGGGUGCGGCAGCCGAACAUCCAAGGCCGCCCAUUGGGCCACGAGUCUAUACUGGCGGUCCAGAUCUGUGUGGACUGUCGCAAAAGGUCUGCAAGAUACGUCCAAGGCCCAUGACUCACGGAGUUCUAUCUCAGGCCUCUCAGUUUAGGAAGAGUAUAAAACCAUGCCGUUCGUCAAUGGCUGAACCCCUCGACGGUAUGCAAGAACAUCGCCCAAGUAGCGAAGAAUUGGUUGCACCCCAGGCAGAGACAACAUCAUGGCUACUGAGCGUUGCUCCGGUGCUCCCAUCAAAGAUUACGAUCCUCCAGAUCCCAGCUGGAACCAGAGCAAAGAGGCAAUCCCUUCCACUGUUCCAGUGGGAAAAAUGGCUUCAGACGGCCAAGGAUACCGGCUCACCAGGUUGGGGGAAGACCAAAUAUUGGUAGACUUUGAUCAUGGGUCUCCUCAGAACCCGGUCAAUUGGAGUCAUGCAAAGAAAAUGUACACCGUUUUCACAGCUCUUUUUCUCGUUCUGAACUCCGGAAUAUCGUCGUCUUUACCUAGCAAUGUUGUUCCAUCGAUAAUGCAGGAAUUUAAUGUAACCGGAGACUCGCAAAAGGUUCUGCCCACAGCCGUAUUCCUCAUCGGAUAUGUCGUGGGUCCCUUGCUCUUCAGUCCACUGAGUGAGACGAUUGGAAGAAAGCCCGUUCUGCUGUGGAGCUUCACUGUGUUUGUCCUGGCAACGCUGGGAUGCGCCUUCGCCCCGAACUGGCCGGCGAUGCUGAUUUUUCGAUUUAUCUGCGGAGCCAUGGGUUCCGCUCCCCAGACCGUGGUCGGCGGAGUCUAUGCAGACAUGUUUUCGACUCCACGAGCCCGUGGGCGGGUGAUGACCUUUUAUAUGGCGGCUGCUAGUUUCGGUCCGAUCAUUGGGCCAAUCAUCUCUGGGUGUAGCUCCCAAUACGGCUGGCGAUGGACAUUCCGCAUCGACCUUAUCCUUACUGGCUGCAGCUUGCUUGGAUCCCUUUUCAUGCCAGAAACCUUCGGUCGCGUCAUUCUCAAGAAACAUGUAGCCAUGCUGAACAAGAGCGCAUCCAUGCCUAGCUAUGUCUCACAGCAGGAGCUUCAGAGCGUAGCCGUCGACUGCAGCUUUGCGCAGACAUUGACGCGACCCAUCACUAUGAUGAUCUUUGAGCCAAUCAUCCUGUUCACCGGAAUUCACAUAUCGCUUGCCUACGGCCUCAUUUUCUUCUGCUUUCAGGCUUACCCUAUUAUUUUUGAAGACACCUAUGGCUUCAGUAUCCAACAAACUUCGUUGUGCUAUCUACCCAUUGGGAUUGGCGCUGCAUCCUCCGGGCUGUUUUCACUGUAUUACGACAUCAUUUAUGAGCGAGCCAAAGCGCAGGGGAAAAAGUGGACGUCAGUGCCCGAGCUACGGCGACUCCCAAUCGCUUGCAUCGGCGGCCCCUGUCUCACCAUCAGUCUCUUCUGGUUGGGAUGGACGGCCAACCCCCAGAUUUACUGGCUGGUUCCGGUGCUGUCGGGCCUGCUGUUCGGGUUCGGAUACCAAAUCAUCUUCAUCUCGCUGUUAACGUAUGUCACCGAUGCGUACAAGAUCUAUUCCGCCAGCGCCCUCGCAGCAUCUGUCAUCAUGAGGAGCAUCCUGGGGGCUGUUUUCCCCUUGGCGGCCAAUCCGAUGUAUUCGACUCUCGGAAUUGGAUGGGGCACAUCAGUGCUGGGGUUCGCGAGCCUGGCCUGUGUUCCCAUCCCGCUGGUCUUUCUGUACACUGGGGCUUGGAUGCGCAAGAAAAGCUCCUUCUGCCAGCGGUUGCUCAAGGAAGAGAUUGCGAAAGAAGUGCAGGUGACGCAGCCUGCCACAAAGGAGGAAGUUUGACGUUCGUGUCACCACAACAGGCCGCUUUCGUCCGCUCAAUGAAUGCAUUUCCAGUCACAUAAAAGCUUGUCUUCUUUUUCAAGCCCAAUCUCGACAUCACCCCCUCAUCAAAGGCCAUUUUACUUGCUCUUUCAUUCUUCCGUUCGGCACGAUAUUCGACAAACAGAAUCGCUGCCUUUAUCACCUUUCGACAAACCAGAACACCAG